GCUUCGGCCGCUGAUUGGUUGAGUGCGGGCUGUCUGCGUGACCCGGAUGAUCGCUCGGGCCCGACGAAGGAACCGUCCGCAAGAGUGCCGUCGCCAACCGUCACCACCACCGCCAUCGCCAUGACUGAACAACAACUGGACUGUGCCUUGGAUUUAAUGAGGCGUCUUCCUCCUCAGCAAAUUGAGAAGAACCUCAGUGAUCUGAUUGAUUUGGUUCCAACUCUCUGUGAAGACCUAUUAUCAUCUGUAGAUCAGCCAUUGAAGAUCGCCAGGGAUAAAGUAAUUGGAAAGGAUUACUUACUUUGUGACUAUAAUAGAGAUGGUGACUCAUACAGGUCACCAUGGAGUAAUAAAUAUGAUCCUCCCCUGGAGGAUGGUGCCAUGCCAUCAGCUCGCUUGCGAAAACUGGAAGUUGAAGCCAACAAAGCAUUUGAUCAGUACCGAGACCUAUAUUUUGAAGGAGGAGUCUCUUCUGUAUACCUCUGGGACUUAGACCAUGGUUUUGCUGGUGUGAUACUCAUCAAGAAAGCUGGUGAUGGAUCAAAAAAGAUCAAAGGCUGCUGGGACUCCAUACAUGUGGUGGAAGUUCAGGAGAAAUCAAGUGGACGUACUGCUCAUUACAAGCUGACCUCCACAGUUAUGCUUUGGCUACAGACAAACAAGACUGGCUCUGGCACAAUGAACCUCGGUGGCAGUCUGACCAGACAGAUGGAGAAAGAUGAGAAUGUGAGUGAAUCGUCACCUCACAUCGCUAAUAUUGGGAAGCUGGUAGAGGAUAUGGAAAACAAGAUCAGAAGUACAUUGAAUGAUAUCUACUUUGGAAAAACAAAGGAUAUUGUUAAUGGGCUAAGGUCUGUGGCAUCACUUGCGGACAGAUCAAGCCAGGAAGCUCUUCUAACUAAUCUGGCUGAAGCUUUGAAGAAAAGACAGCAACCUUAUUGAUUCUUCGAGUUAACUGACAAAAGCAAAGCACUGUCAGUUUCAGUUACAUUUGUUUUCUUAUAUUUCUUCAGUUCAUUUUAAUUUGUCCCAUUAAAAUUUGCCUAAACUACUCUACAUGUUUAAAAGCCAUUCUAACCUUGUCAAAAUUGUAUAAAAUGCUGUUCUAGCUUGUAAACCUAGUUCAUUCUCCACAAAGGCUUAUUUCACGAGGAAAAUUUACUAAAAGGCAUCUUUAUAUUUUCAUUUUUAUUGGUCACAAAUGGUUAAACACAAUCCCAACCUGGAAACUUUUAUUUGUUCAGACACUGGUUACAUUUAUGUAAAGCAAGGAGCUGAAAUUGACCUGUAGACAACAAUAUGACAAAAUGACUCACUAGAACAAAAUGUAAUGCCAGUUGAUACCUUUUCAUGGAACAAGGGUUGUAUGUUCAGUAUUGUACUAUAGAAAAGAUGUGAUUAUAAACUGUCCUGAAAUUCAAGUUCUAACAUAUUUGCCUUUAAGGUUCUCCCGUGUCAAUAUUUUGAGGAAUGCAAGGGUUUUUUUUUUGUAAAGCUUAAAAUUGAAAUGUACAUCUUGUACUUGAGCCUCCAAGCUAAAAAAAAUAAAUAGAACUAGUAACUCGUA